UCCAGCAGACAGUCUCGGGUGACAGAUAGUAAUGACAUGCAUCAUUCAUUUGCUUCCAUUCAUUUAGUUAUUUUGUUCUGUUUUUCUCUGUAUUUCGUCCUCAGGGAGAUGCCCGAUACAUUUGGCAUUCCGCCACCACCAUUGCCCCUCCAUUCUUCUUCUUCUCCCAUCACCCAUUGCCACCACCACUGUUAGUAUUAGUACAAUCAUGAAUCGGAGCUUGAAGGACUCCCUCAUCGGCGGCGCCGGCCGCCGCAGCGUCUCCUCUCACCACCACCGCCGUGGCCUCAGCCUCAGCCUCAACGCCAACGACUCCCCUGACGACCACAACCACCUCGAUCUCUUCUCUAAAUCUCGCCGCAGCAUUUCCCUUGCCUCUUCCGAUGACUCGUCCGACGUUUCUGUUAGACUGGGAAGACUCUCCCUUGGAUCCGCUGCCAAACCCACCCCGAAGCCUGGAUUGGACGAUCUACUCUCAUCUACCGAUGGAGGCAAGCACGAUUACGAUUGGCUUCUUACUCCUCCUGGAACUCCUCUCUUUCCUACAUCAGAUGGAAAUGAAUCUCAAACUGUCCCCAUGGCUUCUAGAACCACCUUGUUAUCCAGAUCUAGCUCCACGACCAAGGCCUCAAGGCUUUCAGUUUCUCAAUCAUCAGAGAAAGACAAUCGUUCAAGACCCGCAAGAAGUAGCUCUGUGACUCGUUCGUCCAUUUCUACCUCCCAAUACAGCACAUACUCAAAUAAAUCGAGCUCUAUUCUCAACACAAGCUCUGCUUCAGUCUCGUCCUAUAUUAGACCUUCAACUCCUAGUAGCCGAUCAUCAUCUACAGCAAGACCCUCGACCCCAUCUUCCCGCCCGACACUGUCAAGAUCGUCAACUCCUUCUAAAGCCCAUCCAGCACCCACUGUUGCUUCUGCAGACAAAGUGAGGCCAUCCCAGAAUUCUAGACCUUCGACUCCAACUUCUAGGCCACAAAUACCUGUGAAUUUGAGCUCUCCUGCUGCUCGUUCUACAUCUCGGCCAUCCACACCUACUCGCCGGAAUCCUGCACCUUCUUUGUCUCCUGCAUCUGGAUCUUCAAAUUUGGUUGGACGUUCUCUUCAGAGUGGCCGGACUGUAGCUUCCACAUCACGCCCUAGUUCCCCGAAUCCCCGUGUUCGGCCCACGCAACAGCCAAUGGUUAUCCCAGAUUUUCCACUUGAAACACCUCCAAACCUACGAACAACUUUGCCAGAUAGGCCACUCUCUGCUGGUAGGUCUAGGCCAGGUUUUACUGUCACCUUGAAAGGAAAUGUAGAGAAUUCAGGUGCUGCAAAUUUGCCUAGGAGACAGUCAUCACCCGUUGUUACCAGGGGAAGAGUCCCAGAACCUUUGUCAAGGGGCAGAAUGCUUGCCAAUGGGCAAGCAAAUCAUACCACAGAGUCUCACAGAGCUCCACUUGUAUCUGAGUUGCCAACCCGGAAGCCUGCAAAGACAUCCACAGAGAGCACUGGGUUUGGGCGGACAAUCUCAAAAAAAUCUCUGGAUAUGGCUAUUAGACAUAUGGACAUACGAAACGGGACCGGUGGAAAUCGUGCUCUCUCAGGUUCGACCCUCUUCCCACAAAGUAUACGAUCCAGCAGUACCAAAGGUCAACUCGGUCCGACUGUGAUUAAACAAGGUUCAGGCAAUGGAGAUGCCCCCAUCUUCCAUAAUGGGGAUAGUACAGAACAUGGGAAUUAUCAUGCCGGUAGGUAUUUGGAAAACGGAAAUGAGGAAGACAAGUCUCAAUAUCCGGCAAAACUGACAGUUGUUGACAUGUAUGAGAGUUCCCGGUAUGACACCCUUCUACUUAAAGAGGAUUUAAAGAACACUAAUUGGUUGCAUAGUUUAGACGAUAAAUCCGACCAAGGAGCCAUUUUUGACAGUGGGUUUGAACCUCUACCAGAGCCGUUUGACCCCUUGUAACCUUACCUGCAUGAAGUGCAUUUCCGUGUGGCAGUGAUUUUUUUUUUUCCCCUUGCAUUAUUUGGUAAUAUAAAGGUUGAGAGAGAAGAAAAUGUGUCGAAUAAACUGCUGUUAAUCUUCUUGUUUAGAAGUGCCAUUUUAUCAUUCUAUUGGUUGGUUGGUUGUUUGCCAACAAAUAUA